AAGACAACAAGUGACAUUAAAAGAUCGUAAAGUUGUGAGUGAUAAAAACUUUAUUAUAAGAAGUGGAUAAACACAGCUGUAGAUAGGGAUUUAAAAUUUAAAAACUAAAAUAAUAAAAUAAUAAAAAUUUACCAAAGGAAAAUGCAGAGUUUCUAUGAAAACAAAAAUGUGUUCAUUACUGGCGGCAGUGGUCUUCUUGGGAGGGUACUGAUCGAAAACUUACUUCGCAAAACUGAGGUGAAAUGUAUUUAUAUGCUAAUUCGUGCUAAACAAGGACGCACUGCCGAUGAGCGAAUAAAGCAAAUUCUCGUGGGUCCGCUCUUCGCAAAACUAAGCCAGUUAAAACCAAGCGCUUUCACACUCAUUACACCCGUUCAUGGCGAUUGCGCACAACCGCAAUUGGGCAUCUCUCCUGAGGAUCGCAAAAUGCUAACGGAAAAUGUGGAUGUGGUGAUCCAUUGUGCAGCCACAGUACGUUUCAACGAGCCACUGUAUAACGCUCUGGUUGUGAAUCUAGGCGCCACUAGAGAUCUAUUGAAAAUGGCGAAGGAUAUGCCGCAACUAAAAGCUUUCAUACACAUUUCAACUGCGUUUGCAAACUGUGUUUUGCCCCAUAUAGAGGAGAAAUUUUAUCCGCAGCUUCUUGGCAUCGACGCUAGCAAAAUACUCGACCUCGCCGAAUUACUCGGUCCGGAGCUAACAAACGAUUUGUCUACAAAAUUAGUGCGGAAAUUUCCCAAUACCUACACUUUUACUAAGUCACUCACUGAAGAGCUGAUUCGCAAAGAAGCCAACACGUUGCCAAUUUGCAUUUUGCGCCCCGGCAUCAUUACCCCUACGUAUGCCGAACCAAUACGUGGGUGGAUUGAUAAUUCCUUUGGGGUAAUGGGCACCUUGAUGGCUCUAGCGCUUGGUUCACUACGAGUUCUCAGUUUACAUAGUAAUAAUGUGGCCUUGGUGGUACCAGUGGACUUUUGUGCGAAUUUGAUUUUGGCAUGUGGCUACAAAGUAGGUCAGCUCGAAAAUGCCGAGAAGGAAAAAGCUGAACCCACAAUUUACAACUUCGUGCCAAGUGCGAGUAAUUCCAUUACAUUGGGUGCUUUGACAGAUUCUGCCAUUCACUACGGAAAGGAACGCCCACUCUCAAACACGAAUUGGUACCCGUUUUUCAUAAAGGUGAAAUUGCUGGAGUUGGAAACGUUUCUUGGGUUUUUCUUGCACAUUAUACCUGCAUACAUUCAGGAUAUAUGGCGGCUCAUACAAGGGGAAAAAGCGAGAAUGUUCCACCGGAAUCAGAAGCAGCAGCAAUUUCUUAACGCAUUGCAUCAUUUCAAAACAACAGUAUGGACCUAUAAUGUGGCGAAUACUCAAAAUUUGGGGAUUUCUUUAUCAGCAACGGAUCAAAUGAAUUUCAAUUUUAACGUAGAUGCCAUAAUAUGGAAAAGAUAUUGUCGUGAUAUAAUAUUUGGUAUGCGUCGGUAUUUGGCUAAAGAAGGAGACGAAACCAUACCGGAAGCAACAAAACGUUUAAAAAUGUUGAAAUUGGCUCAUCAAUCAAUUUUCGUUUUGAUGUUCACUUGCCUAUCGUUAUUCGUCGUUAUAUUAGUUAGAUUAUUAAUCGAUAAAGUUUUUUAAAUGCAUUUCAAUUUUGAAAUAAGAUGUACAAAAAUUACUUAUAAGACAAAUAAAGAAGCGAUUAC